AUGGCGGAUGGCUCGUGCAUGUUUGGUAGCGAUUUUAUAACUUUACUUGUGUUUGUGACUGCUUCAUUGAUCUAUUUUGCUGAUGAUGUUCAUAAUGUGGAGUCGACAAAGGGCAUGGCUAUUACCAGUGUACUUCCACUCGAUAGACGUGAAUGGAUAUUAAAGACUAAAAAUCUCUCUCAAGCUUCGCAGAUAUCAAUACCAAUGGCAAAGAACGGCCGUGGGAAGCGAUAUAUGUUAAGCAGAAUUCCAUACUCAGCUAAUGGUUGUUGUGGGUAUCAAUUGGAACGGCAACUAAUAACCAGUGGAGAUGUAGAAUUAAAUGCUGGCCCAGAUACUAAUACCUCUGGAAAUGAACAAAGUCGAAGGGUCGUAAAUCACCCAAUAAUGAAUUCUUCAAACAAGAGUCUGAAGAUUGGUGAGUGGAACGUAAAUAACCUUACUGACGUAAAGUUUGAACAGUUAAAACUAUUUUUGACUUCGCACAAUAUCGACGUGAUGUUUCUUAUCGAGACAUUCCUAAAACCCAAUGUAUCGGGCUCGGUUUACGAAAUUCCUGGUUAUUCAAUGUAUAGAAAAGACAGGGCGGGUAAUAAAAAAAGCGGAGGAAUAUUAGCUUAUGCAAACAUUCAGUUAAAAGCGAACAGGCUUUAUGAUUUAGAAGAUGAAAAUGUUGAAAUCAUGUGGUUAAGUAUUUGUCCAUAUUCAUCUAACAGAGCUUUACUAGCUGGCGCCGUAUACCGUCCUCCCUCGUCUAAUGCAGAUACUGAUAUAAAGCUUGAAAAUAACAUUGAAAAUGCCUAUUUCAAAAAUUAUGAAAGGCAUAUUCUUGGUGAUUUCAAUAUUAACUAUCUCGAUUUAUCUUAUAAGAAGCAUCACCUUGCAAAAGCUAUGCAUAGUAUGAAGCUCAGUCAAAUGGUAAAUUCUGUCACAAGACCAACAAGUGCAACAUGUCUUGAUCAUUACUAUACAACUCAUCCUGAGUUCACUGUUGGAAUUUCAGUUUUGGAUAUCGGCCUUUCAGAUCAUCUGCCGUUAAUUAUUCAGCGUAAAUAUUCGAAAGCAAGGGGAUCCUCGGACCGUUGUUGUUCAUUACAUUUAUAA